ACCUCUUCACCGUUACAGAAUCAGCUUUCCCAGUGUAUUUGAUAGAGAUGAAGACUAUGUUAUUCGCCUGCUUCGUGACACUACUGGCGGGGGCUGACGCGGCAGGGUUCCUCGACUUACUAUUUGGGGUUCCGACAGAUCCUCCUGGACUUCUGAACAUGACGAACAAACACUGGUUCUGUCACGAUCUCGACUGCCCAGCUUAUGAACCUAUGAUGACUCCACCUGGUUACGAGAAAAGGAGAUAUGAGGAUUCUAAGUGGGUGGCUACCAAUGUUACAACAAAUAACUACGGUUCAAGUCAAAAUUCGCAAAUGUUUAACAAACUCUUCAAGUACAUCUCCGGGGAAAACUCAAUGCACCAAAAGGUUCCCAUGACGGCGCCAGUGUUAAAACACGAAACCCCUGGAGCUACCCCCGGUGCAGCUUCUACACACAUCAUGUACUUCAUGGUACCACAUGACAUGCGCGUCUCUACCCCAGCGCCAACCGACCCUUCGGUCUACCUCGUCACUCUUCCCUCAAUGGUAGUGUAUGUCGGCUCCUACAGCGGAUAUGCCAGCCAAAGUAAGGACACAGACGCUCUUAAUGCCUUGAGGGCGGAGCUAAAGACCACGUCCUCCAAUUCUGGAUAUACAUUCACCGCCGGAUAUGACAGUCCAUUUAACCUCAUUCACAGACACAACGAAGUCUGGAUUGUCGAAUAAUUAUUGUGUAUAGCACCGUUAUUUGUAUGUUCCAAUACACGUGCUUCAUACUUGUAUAUUGUCUCAAAGCCAUGAUGAUCUCAAAAACAAUUGUAAAUAUUGUACAGCGUAAAUAUUGUAAGUAAUAUAACAUGAUGAGUCAUUGAUGACGUAAGCGCUUUUUUGUAAAUAAAAAAAAACUCUCGUA